GAUUUUUCUUUAUGAUAUUUAGUGUAUUUCUGUCUUUUGACUUGGAACACACACGCAAAACCAAAAACAGAACCUUCAAUAAUAGCACUCUUUUGAGCUGAGUUUGAAAACUUUCUCCGCCAUCUCCUCCACGGCAUGGGCGUAUCCCGCCACCAUCACCACCACCACCACCACGUCGUAGCUGCCUUCACCUUCCUCUUAUUCGCUUCCGCUUCAGUCGGCACUCUUUCUCAACUCGACGGCGGGUUCCGGGAGAGAGAAGGGAGCAAGAGGAGAACUGGGUCGGGGGUGUUGGACCGAUUCUUGUAUCAGAAACAACUCAGCGGACCGGGCUCUCAGCCGCCUUCGUGUAGAUCCAACUGCGGGAGUUGCUCGCCUUGUAAGGCGGUUCACGUCCCGAUUCAACCGGGUUUGGUGAUGCCAUUGGAGUACUACCCUGAAGCUUGGCGUUGCAAGUGUGGGAACAAGAUUUUCAUGCCCUAAAAACUAAAGGCAAAGUAAUAAUACACUGAAAUCUAAGGGGGGUUUUUUUCUCAUAAUAAACAAAGCUGGUUUGCUUAACUUACAUCGUUGGUUGUUUUCUAUGUUUACAUAAUGAAUUUUGCUUUGGGAAUGUAAGUUGAUUAUAAUGUGAGAUUACC